AUGGCCUGCGUUCUAGGGACGACGCCUGGAGGAAGCCCUUCGGCUUGCGUUGUCCCUGGUCUUGGAGGUAGCCCUUCGGCAUGUGUUGUCUCUAGUCCUGCGCCAGGUGAUGUGUCGUCAAGCCCUGCGACUGAUGGUGGUGGUGCUGCUGCAGAUUCUGGGAUAUUGGAUGCAAAGCAUGUUGUUAGUGAGGCUACUAAGAGUUCGUAUGCGGAUCGAUUGGGUAAGGAGACUCAGUGGUUCCCUGUUUGUCGCUCCAUUGUUGUUAACUUUGAUGAUGAAAUGAUUAAUGAAAUAGAUCAAGUGGCCUCUGAUCUAUCUUUGCAUGCGGUUAUUUGUCGAUUUAAAGGCUUUUGGCCUAGUCUUCCAAGGCUUCAUGAUUGGGUCUCUAAGCAUUGGGAGCCCCUUAUUUUAGACUCGGUGCAUAUUUUCCCUCUAGCCAAGGGUUUCUUUGUUGUUAAGUUUGAAAAACCAGCUAACAGAAAGGUUAUUCUUUGCGAUCAUUUUUUUAUUUGGAAGAAUCGUUACCCUUUGAUGAUUAAACCAUGGCAUGAGAACUUCGUUCCUUUGUCUGAAUCCUUCUGUAAGAUGCCAAAGUGGGUUAGACUUCCUAACCUCCCUCUUCACUUUUGGGUGGAUCCACUUCUUGAGGUUGUGGGGGAUGCUUUGGGAGAUUUUCUGAUGGUAGAUGUUGAGUCUUCUGAUAUCCUUCAUUCUACCUACGCUUGUAUCUUGGUGGAUAUUGAUGCUUCUAAGGGGUUGCCUGAGGAGAUUAAACUAUCGACUCCCGAGGGUUUCUGGAUCCAACCUCUGGAUUAUGAAGGCAUUCCCUUUAGAUGCAGAAGGUGCUUCAAGACAGGUCAUGUACAGCUAAAUGUGAUUUACACAAAGUUAAAGCAAAGAAGCCUUCGUCUUGGUGGCUUGGGGCUUCCUCCCACCAUUACAUGGUGUUAA